AUGCGCGAGGCUCGGGGCAAGAAGGGUGCGGAGGGGCUGGCGGAGGCAUUGCAGAUAGAGCCGCCGGCGCAGCCGCAGUGGCCCUUCUGGCGGAAGAAGCGCGAGUCGAGCUCCGGCGAGGCGCGCAUGCUGACGCGACGCAUCGUGGAGCUGGGGAAACGGCGGCAGCUGGACCAGGUGUUUCAAUUGCUGGACGACGCGAAGCGAAGCAAGAAAGCGGUGAACAUGAUCACGAUGAAUGCGGCUAUGGCGGCGUGCGUGAACUGCGGCGACAUCGACCGCGCGCUCGACCUCUUCGACGACAUGACGGCGGACGGCGGCACGGGCGUCGACUCCAUCACCUACGGCACGCUGCUCAAGGGUCUAGGCCGUGCAAAGCGGUUGGACGACGCAUUCGAGGUGUUGGAGGCGAUGGAGGACGGCACGGCGCCGGGGCGGCCGGAGCUGACGGCGGUGCACCUGAACACGCUCGUCAACGCGUGCGCGGACGCGGGGGACGCUCGGCGCGCCAUGAGCGUCGUGCAGCGCUACAAGCGCGCCUUCUCGGGGGCCAUCGGCCCGUCCGCGUUUACGUACAACCUGCUGCUCAAGGGCUACGCGCGGUCGGACAAUCCGCUGGAGGCGCUGAGCGUGGCGGAGGAGAUGCACCUGCAGGGGCUGCAGUGGGAGCGCGUCACCUUCAACUGCCUCAUCCUCGCCUGCGUGCGCGCUGGGGAUAUGGACCGCGCGCUCGACCUCCUGCAGGACAUGAAGGCGGAGGCGUUGAGGAGGGGCGACGACGACGUGCUGCCAGACGCCGUCACCUACACCACCAUCAUCAAGGGUCUAUCAGAGGACGGUGACAUAGACGCGCUGAGGGACGUGGUGGCGGACAUGAAGCGCGCCAGCUGUGUGCGCAGCCCUGCCGGCCCCUCCCAGCCGCACUGCCUCGCCCUUCUGGCUGCUGAGGGGCCUUCUGGUGUGGCGGCUGUGGAAGAGGGCGUGAGCAGUGCUGGCAGCUCCGCAACUAGCAGCAGCAGCAGCGGUGGCAGUGCUGUGGCUGAUGGCAGCAGUACAGGCAGCGGCGGGGGGGCGAGCAGCAAUCCACUAGUGAUGGAUCGAGUGGCGUACACUGCCAUCAUUGACGCCUUCAUUGCUGUCGGCUCGCCUGAAGACGCGCUGCAGUGCAUGGCGGAACUAGAGGAGCUGGGCCGCACGGACCGCUCAAUGCGGCCGCGGGCGCACGUCUUCCUCUCCCUCAUGCGCUCCCUCGCUGCUGCUGGCGACCUGCCGUCGACGCAGCAGCUCGCCGCCCGCCUGGUGCGCGAUGCGGGCGGCAGAGUGUGGCCGGAGGAGCGGGCGGAGGCGGCAGAGCUGGUGCUGGAGGCUGCCACGCGGGCAAGCGAGAUGGGCGUGGCAGCACGGCUGCUGGAUCAAAUGGAGGCCAUGCACGGCCACCAGCUGCGCAUGUCCCUCCGCGGCAUGCAGGCAGUGGUGCAGCUGAUGGCAGCAACGGGGGCGGGCUUUGAGCGCUUCACGCCCAUCGGCAUCAGACAAGAGCUGUCGCUGCGUGAUACGGUGCAGUCCGUCAUGGUUCCCCUGGCUGACGUGGAAGUGGCCCACCCUGACCAGUCACUGGCGGAGCUGAGGUCAGCACGGCCAGAUCUGAUGCCUGCUGACGUCAUCCCGGUGAUCAACGGUGCUGAUGAGUGCGUGGGGGUCCUGAGAGUACCAAGCCAUGCCAUGGACCCCGCGACCCUCGUCUCGCACCUCAUGCUGCCCCCCCCGCCGUCGCUCUCCUGCCUCUCCACCGUCUCCGAAGCCGCUCUCCUGCUCUCCUCGCGCCGCACGCCCCUGGCAGCUGUGGUGGCGGGCAGUGCACGCAUGCGCUACGGGCUUGCCAAGGAGGCUGUGCAGAGGGGCGCGGGGGAGGAGCGCCGCGUGGUGGGGUUUGUGCGUGCUGAGGCCGUGUUUGAAGGGCAUGGUGGGUGCUGGUGGCACUCCGGGGAGCAGAGAGAGGAGGGGGAUGGUGGGGAUGAAGCGGCUAGUGUGGAGGGUGGUGAUGUGCGUUUCGGUGAAGCUGAGUGUGGGGGGUUUGGUGCGAGAACUGAAGGCAGCAGCAGCGAUUUUGACUCCCUUGUGAACGAAAGUGUGGAAUUGUAUGCUAUCCCGGUACCGCGAUGUUCGGCAAUUGUUGCCAGAGCUGGCAAUACCGAAGACGCCAAUGCUGAUGCCACCCUUUUCCCGCGCGAUUUCCGACACCAUUCCCCGAAGUUGUCAACUGCGUUUGACCAUCCACUUCACAAUGCUCAUCAUGCUCCUCUCAUCUGCCUCUGCCCCUGCCCCACGCGUGAACGGCAAAAGCUGGAAGGAGCAGCUGACGUGGCAUAUGCGGAACUCGACAUUGGCCCUCCGUCCAUAUCGCAGCGCGUGAUUGGCUCCACGUCCGAGUGGGUCCCGCGGCCAGUGGACGGGCAGAUAGGGCUGCAGGUGGGGCCGCCCGCGCCCCUCUUCUCCCCAUCUGAAGCCCAAACCCACGCCGGCCACUCCCAGAGCCCAGGGGGAGGGGACCACAGCCCCUCUGGUUCAUCCUUCAGCGCGCAGGACUGGCAGCAGCAGGGGCAGCGGCGGGGCGAGACAGGCAUGGGGGUGCUGCUGUCGCCGGGGGGGGCGUGGGGGCGGCUGGUGAGGGAGUGGCGGUGGGCGCGCGUGCAGUACCUGUGGGACGUGCUGCUGGAGCGGCAUCCCGUGGUGUACAUCAUGCUGCUCAUGACCAUGUGCACCACCCUCGUCUUCCUUGGCGGUUUCCUCUUCCACACCUUCCGCAUUGACCGCACCGACAGCAUUGACUGUUGCAUUGCAUUGGCGGCAUUGACUGCUGCUACUGCUUUGUUUGCUUUCUCUACUGCCCUGACCGCAUGGACACAUGGGGCCAUGGCAUGGCAUGGCAGGCGCCACAAGAGUCUGGGCGAGGACAUGUGGGACGCGUGGUCCGCCCUCGUGUCGUCCAGCUCGCACCUCAAGAGGAGCAGGCGGCCGCAGGAGCCGUUUGGGGAGGCGCUGUGGGACGCGUGGGGCAAUGUGUGCUCCUCCCGCCAGCACCUCCGGGAGAGCACGCAGGAGGGGAGGGUUAUAGGCAUCAUGCUCACGCUGGGCGGGCUCUUCUUCUACUCGCUGCUCACCUCCACCAUGACCGCGCAGUUCAAGGUGAUGGAGCGAGACCACAUAGUGAUAGGCGGUAUCAACAACCGCCUCGCCACGCUGCUGCGGCAGCUCAGCAAGAGCCAGCACUUUGCCGUGCAGGACGGCUCUGCGCUCACCAGGAAGCGCACGGUGCUGUUACUAACGGAGCUACCGCGCAAGGAGACGGAGAAGAUAGUGUCGCCUUACCUCAAGGACUGCCAGCACAUCAACCUCUUCAUCCGCAGCGGUCCUCUCAGCAGCACGGCAUCCUUCAAGAAGGUGGCGGCAGACAGGGCGCGCUCAGUCAUUCUCCUGGCGCCCAAGGACGACUACUACGAGGCAGACGCAGACGUGGUGAUGUCAGUGAUAGCCCUCAAGCCCCUACUAAGGGGUUCCAACACAGGCGUGGUGGCAGAGGUAUCCAAGGGCAGCACGGGCUCUCUCCUCAGGGGCAUGGCGGAGGUGCGCGUGAGCGCCGUGGAGAAUCUCUCCGCCAAGCUCUUCGUGCAGUGCUCCCGCCAGCCGGGGCUCGUGGAUGUCUACUGCAAACUGCUGGAUCAUACUGCUCUUCGUGCAGUGCUUUAG